UCCACCCUUUCCCUCUAUGCAACAGUCAAGAAACCAUAACUUACCUCUUCCACAAAAUUGCUAUAAAUCUCCAAUCCAUGACACAAAAAUGUUGGGGAAGAAACUUGGAUCAAUGAAGAAACUCGGCUCAAAGAAGAAACUUGGAUCAAUGAAGAUACUAGCCAAGAAGGUUAAGUCCAUUGGAAGCAACGAGGCAUCAUAUGAUGACAACUUGCUCGGGGAUGACGGAGUAGUACUCUCCGAAGCAUGCACGACUCCCAUCGGAACCUUCCCUAUGUACGUGGGAAAGUGCCGGCAGAGAUUUGUAGUGCCAACGGGCUAUCUGUCACACCCUUUGUUCAAGAUCAUGUUGGAGAGGGCGUAUAAUGAGUUCGGAUUCGACCAAACAAAUGUGCUGGUUGUACCGUGCAGUGUUGCCGCAUUUGAAGAAGUGAUCAAUGCAAUUCAAUGCUGCAAUCCCAAAUUCGAUUUUGGUGAGUUGGUGCAGGAGUUUAUUUAGCCUAAUUAGGCCUUGUUUAAUUAGUUGUACAUUAGUCACAUACAUAUUAGAAUACACACAAGUUCUAAUUUAUUUUGUCAUGUUAUAAUCAAUUCCAUAGAUUCAAUUCAGAAGAAAGUUAUUUCAGUCUUUUUACAGCAAA